AUGCACAAUUUCUUUUCUUUUUUUUCUUUUCUUUCUGUCUGUCGAUCUAUCUAUCUAUCUAUCUAUCUAUCUAUCUAUCUAUCUAUCUAUUUAAGGUUGUUCCUAUCCUUAUUUCUUUCUAUCUAUCUAUCUAUCUAUCUAUCUAUCUAUCUAUCUAUGAUCAUAUCUCUCUCUGUCUCUUUUUAUCUAUUUGAGUCUGUUCAUCUAUCUUUCUUUAUCUCUCCCUCUCUAUCUAAAUAUUUUUUUGAUCUCUCACUCUUUAUCUGUCUGCCUGUCUGUCUGUCUGUCUGUAUCUAUCUAUCUAUCUAUCUAUCUAUCUAUCUAUCCAAGUUUUUCUUCUCUCACUCUCUGACUUCUGUUCAUUUCUAUCUAUCUAUCUAUCUAUCUAUCUAUCUAUCUAUCUAUCUAUCUCGUUCUGUUCAUUAUCUAUCUAUCUAUCUAUCUAUCUAUCUAUCUAUCUAUCUCGUUCUGUUCAUUAUCUAUCUAUCUAUCUAUCUAUCUAUCUAUCUCGUUCUGUUCAUUAUCUAUCUAUCUAUCUAUCUAUCUAUCUAUCUAUCUGCAAAUCAAUCUUUAUUCAUAUCUAUCUAUCUAUCUAGCUCUCUUCACAUCUAUUUAUCCACGUUGAAUUAUUUCUUAUUCUGUCUGCCUGUUUAUCUAUCUAUGUUUGUGCCUAUCUAUUUAAUUGCUCAUAUCUAUCUAUCUAUCUAUCUAUCUAUCUAUCUAUGA